GUGGUGCGCGGCCGGCGGCGGCGCGGAGAGGAGCGGAGAGGCAGGAGGAUGCUGAAGAGCUGCGGGAGGAAAUUGCUCCUGUCCCUUGUGGGCUCCAUGUUCACCUGCCUCCUGGUGCUCAUGGUGGAGCCACCGGGGAGGCCGGGGCUGGCCCGGGGAGAGGCCGGAGGGGCUCAGCGGGCGCUGCAGAGCCUGGGGGCGGCGGCUGCCGUGGCUCCCCCGGCGGCUCAGGGUCCCCCUGGGCUUCGCAGCUUCGCCGACUACUUCGGGCGGCUGAGCCGAGCCCGGCGGGAGGUACCCGCCGCUCCCCCGAGCCCCCCGCGCCCGCCGGCCGAGGACAUCUCCCCCCGCGAUGUCUUCAUCGCCGUCAAGACCACCAAGAAGUUUCACAAGGCGAGGCUGGAGCUGCUGCUCGACACCUGGAUCUCCCGCAACCGCGACAUGACCUUCAUCUUCACAGACGGGGAGGAUGAGGAGCUGAAGAAGCAAGCACGUAAUGUCAUCAACACCAACUGCUCGGCUGCCCACAGCCGCCAGGCCCUGUCCUGCAAGAUGGCUGUGGAGUACGACAAGUUCAUUGAGUCUGGCAGAAAGUGGUUCUGCCAUGUGGAUGAUGACAACUACGUGAACGUGCGGAUGCUGGUGAAGCUGCUCUCCAGCUACCCACACACACAGGACAUAUACAUUGGGAAGCCCAGCUUGGACCGGCCCAUCCAAGCUACAGAGAGGAUCAGUGAGAACAAGAUGCACCCAGUGCAUUUCUGGUUUGCCACGGGAGGAGCAGGGUUUUGUAUCAGCCGAGGGCUGGCACUGAAGAUGAGCCCAUGGGCCAGUGGGGGCCACUUCAUGAGCACAGCGGAGAAGAUCCGCUUGCCUGAUGACUGCACCAUCGGCUACAUCAUCGAGUCUGUGCUGGGGGUGAAGCUCAUCCGGAGCAACCUCUUCCACUCACACCUGGAGAACCUUCACCAGGUGCCCAAGUCAGAGAUCCACAAACAGGUGACGCUGAGCUACGGCAUGUUUGAAAACAAGCGCAACUCCAUCCAUAUGAAGGGAGCCUUCUCCGUCGAGGAGGACCCAUCCAGGUUUCGCUCCGUGCACUGUCUGCUCUACCCCGACACGCCGUGGUGCCCCACCAACGUGGUUUACUAGGAGACCUUGGGUGUCCCUUCCAACCUCGUCCCGAAUUUCCCCGGUAUCCGACGGGUGUGCGGGACCUGCGUGCGGGUGUGUCAGUCCCAGACGGACGUUGUUGCUGUGGUAUUGCACAGUGUUGUGUGUACUGAAGGCUGCUGUGCGGCCCCUUGUCCCCUGCCUGCCCUGCCUGCCCUGCUGCCCGCUCCCUCCGGGUCGCUGGGGAGGGAUGGGUCCUGAGCACUUAACCUUGGGGCACCCCCGUGGUGCUGGGUGACCCCACGCCAUGCGUGGGGCGUGACUACAGAUGCUGCGGGGCUCUGCCUGACCCUGCCUUGCUUCUUUUUUUUUCUUUUUUUUUUUUUCUUUUUUUUUUUCUGUUUAAAUGUGAAGGUGUUUUUGUUUUGGUGUUUGUUUUUUGUUUUGGUUUUUUUUUUUUGUGUGUGUGUGUGUGUGUGUGCCUCCCUCACCCUGCUCCCAUAACCCUUCACCCACCCCAUCCUCUCUCCCAGUCCCAAAAAUCUCAGCAGAAAAGCUCCGGCGCCUGAUUCAGGUGAGGGGUCACUGGCCAGUUUUGCUUCCCAGCUUGGUGUGCAGGCAGGGGUGGUGGUGGGGGAACUCCAGGACAUGGAAAAUGCUGCUCCAGGUGCUCCAGGGUGCUGCAGGGCUGCUGGGUGCUCAAUAGCUGCACCAGAGGGAGAUGGUGGGGGUGGGCUGGGACCUGGCAUUGGUGCUGGCUCCAUUUCCCAGAGCUCUCCCCACCUGACUGAGAGGUUGCCAGCAGCAUCCAUCUCUGCACUGCAGAGUGAGCCUAAAGUAAAGAUCUUUCUAUAAAUAUAGGGGGUGGGAGGAGGGCUUUUCCAGAGCCCUGAGUGUGGGUGCUGUGUCUGUGCAGUUUCCUUUCAGUGCCAGGUCCCUGCCUGCAGGCAGUGGGUACAGGCAGGAGCAGCCCUGCAUCUCUCCAAAGGAGCCCUCCAGGGUCUGGCUGGGGGCUGUGUGGGUGUCCCCCCACCCUGCUGGGGGGCUGGGGCAUCCUCCACACCUGGCUGUGGGUAUUGCUGGGAGGCAGGAGCACCUGUGACAUGGGCAGGCAGCAUUUCCCAGCCAGCUGGGAGCUGGGGAAGGAUUUAACUGGGAAGGGAGAGGGUCCCUACAUCCCAGCCCCAGCUACCCUGCCUGCCAUCACCAGCUCUGUGCCCCCGGGUAAGGGGGCUGAGCCAGGAGCUGAACAUUUCCAACCCAAGCUGAGUGAAAAUGGCCCAUAAUGGGUGCGUUGUACAUAUGUUAUUGUGCCAGUAUUUUUUUUACUGUGCCCUUUUUUUAAAAGCAAAAACAAAACACCACACGUUGAGAAAUAUGUAGAUUUAAAAAUGCUUUUUAUAUGUUUUCUGUGGAUCGGAAAAAAAAAAAACCCAACCAAACCCAACCUGAACUUCUGAUAAUCUGUUUAAGAAAGAAAAGAAAAAAAAAAAAAGAUUGCGAUGUCUUGUAACUGUCACUUACUUUAAUUUAUAUGUUCCAGUAUCUGGAACGUCAGUUUGUGCUUUUUGUAACUAGGAUGUGUUUAAAAGCAAUAGAUGUGGGGUGGGGAACCAGCAUGGACAGUGUGUUCUCAGGGACUUGAACCCAAGUGCUGCCACGGGGGGGUCCCCGUGGGAGCCCUCACCAAUAAAGCAACUUUUUUGCUGACCACA